UUCCAUAACACACGGUAACUGCGGUUUGCGGUGUUGCCAUUGACGUGUUGAGUUGAAAAUGGCGUCGCAAAUGAACUAGUUACUGUAGUCAAAAUGGCGACUCGGUAAAACGGUAUCGUUUCAGAUUAAGUGUGUAGGCCUACUCAAUUCGCGUGAACGAGAUACUUCCUCAUUUCAUAGCUGAAUUUAGAUAUUCACAAAGUUAUCGUAAGCAGAUAGAAAGAUGGAUGAGACAAGAGCUCUUCUAAGUAUCAUCUUGCUCUUGGCAGUAUCACUGUCAUUAGUUUCGGGUGAUGUUCUGAGCAUGGGAACGAUGAUUGAUUGGGAAGAUGAAAGCACACACUCCAUCUUUGAUGUCAUGACUAGAUUCAAUCUUUAUGGUUGUUAUUGUGGAUUCGGUGGACAAGGUGUCCCUGUUGACAAGAUUGACUGUUGUUGUCGGGACCAUGAUGAAUGCUAUGAUAACCUAGCAAAAGAUGGAACAUGUAUGAGUGGAGAUACAGGAGUGGGCAAGGUCUACAAAUACACCAAGGUUAACAACGAUGGCAAACACACUGUCCAGUGUAAGCCCAGUUCAGACACGUGUGCAGAGAAGAUAUGUGCAUGUGACAAGGCCUUAGCGGAGUGCUUCUCUACAAAUGAACCAUAUUAUAACAGCGCCAACAGGAACUACAAUCGAGGUAGAUUGUGCGGUAAACAAAUGGCAAAAUCCUGUCCAAAUUUCAACUAG